AUGAAAGCAGGAGAAAAUGCAGACAUUGAACGAGAACAUGACAGGGUUGAAGCGCAGCAUCACCGCUGCGAGCAAUGGAAGACCGAACUCCUGAAUUAUAGCCCUUCAGUUGUUUUUAUGUUCAAACAUCUGAAGUUGUCCAGGUGCCUGGUACCGUCCUCGAACAUCGUGUGUGCCCCAUGCGAUCUCACGCGUUCCGGAGGCUUCCAUCCUGCUGGAGCGAUUAUCCUUUGUCAGGGCCAUUUCGGAGACAAGAAGCACAUGGAAGAUACCCUCACACACGAGCUGGUACAUAUGUAUGAUCACUGCAAGUUCAGUGUUGACUGGAAAAACUUGAGACAUCAUGCAUGCAGCAAAAUCCGUGCUAACAGUUUAAGUGGUGACUGCCGAUAUAUGCGUGAGCUGGGAAGGGGAUUCGUGUCAUUUUCAAAACAACAUCAAGCUUGCGUGAGACGGCGUGCUAUACUUUCUGUCCGCCCGAAUUCCAUGUGCCCAGACGAGGCAGCAGCAGAGCGUGUGGUGAAUGAGGUCUGGGGGUGUUGCUUUAGCGAUACGCGACCAUUUGACGAGGUGAGUUGUGCCUUCCCCUGA